GGGUUACGAAUUAUGGUUUGGCCCCGCGGGACCCGGUCUGAGUUUCUGCCAUCUUUAAAAUGUUGAGCUCGCAGCUGUCACGUCAUGCUAUGUUCUUUUGUUCUUGCUUCGUUCUCUUCAAAAUGGGUCUUCAAUUCUGCGGUGCUCAAAAUGGUGUCAAGAUGGGAGCGUUGAACGCUCCGAGGCGAGCCAUAUGGAUCUGCUCCGUUGUCAGCCUCACUGCAUUCCUUGUCUUCUUCUGCUUUCCCGUCUAUUCCUUUUAUCCGCUGAAACCCGCUGUCUCUCCCUCUAAUCCCCCAUCUCUUUCGGCUCCACAAGCAGCAGAUGCCUUUAGUGUCAAUUGUCAUAAAAAGCCUCGACCGGAAGCAUAUAAACUGCAUGGCAAUGGAACCGAGAGCCUGGCUCUACCGAAGCUGAUGGCGGAGCUAUGGAAACCCCUGGUGCACCCCAUCACGGAGAGAGUGUUUGUUACCGAUAAGGGAGAACGCUUCGAAGUACCAAUCAACCAAGUGCGAUGGAAGAAGCCACUAGGGAAACGGGUUGUUAUCGUUGAUACCGAUACUCGGCUUGAUGGUAAAACGGAGAACACGAUGUUGAAUGAAUGUCCGCUGGACUUUACAACACUACCCGGGCGGACUGGAGGUCACCUAAACCACUAUAUAUACGCUAUGAUCCACGGCUAUGAUUACCGACUAGUCCGUGCAGCCGACUAUCCCGAUCGACACGGAACUUGGGUAAAGCCAGCCAUCACUAAAGAAGCUCUAAAGACCCACGACUUUGUCAUUUCACUCGACUCGGACGCCGUCUUUACGCAUCUCGACCUCCCGCUAGAAUGGCUCAUGAACCUCUGGGAUUACCGCCCAGAGACAUUAGUCGCCAUGGCUUACGACCUCGACUGGGAACAAGACUACGAUCCCCAAGGAAACCUCAUCCUCAACACGGGUUUCGUUAUCGCACAAGCAAGUCAGCGUACCCAAGACAUGUUUCAACGAUGGGAAGAUUGCCCAAGGAGUAUACCUGGCUGCAACCAUUGGAACCACAAGUGGGCACAUGAGCAGAGCGCGUUUUCGUACUAUAUCCGGUACGAGUUCAACAGGACACAUGAUGUGAAAAACAUACCGUGUAAUCAGGCCAACGGCAAUGAGUUCACGCUUGACGGAAAUGGAGAGUGCAAGGGCGUUUUUGUGAGCCACAAUUGGAAACAUAAACACAAGACGCCUGAGCUAUUGAGCAGGAGUAUCAUGACUUCACUGGCCCGUCGGGUACAUGGGCAGUUCCACCAUGAUAUCAAAGACUUAUACCUAGAUGCCUCGAAGCAGACAUAUCCAAUCGCUGAUGGGGCACCCUAGGCAAUGAAUGGAAGAAGUAAAGAUAGAUUCAAUCAGACUAUAGACCGCUUAUGUACUCCUAAGAAUAAUGAUCCCGAUAAUGACCAACUGCUUUACUACCAAGC